UGCUAUGGCGUCCGGCGCCACGGUCUCCGAGGCUCAUCUCUGAUCGGUGGCGGGAGCCAGAGUCCAUUGGCCACGCUGGCUGCGCAAGGAGCAGACGACUCGCGCGGAAGCAGGAUGCUCUUGGCCGGCGAGAGCGGCGAGGCACCCGUCAUUCCGCGCUGCUCUGAAAAUGGUGACCAAAAGAAGAACCUCAAGGAGAAAAGUGACAUAAAUAUUGCAGCUCUUGUUGAAAAUGGACAAGUCUGUGAAGGUACAGAUAAUAGUGAUCUUCCUUCCUGUGUGUCGGCAUUUAUAGAAAAGGAAGUCGGAAAUGACCUUAAAUCUUUAAAGAAACUUGAUAAACUCAUAGAACAGAUGACAGAAAGUAAAAUGCAGUUAGAAGAACAGGUACUUACAGUUUCAUCAGAAAUCCCUAAAAGAAUUCACAGUGCCUUAAAAAAGGCAGAAGAAUCAAAGCAAUUUCUUAAUCAAUUUCUGGAGCAAGAAACCCAUCUCUUCAGUUCCAUUAACAGCCAUUUGCUGACCGCACAGCCCUGGAUGGAAGAUCUUGGAGCCAUGAUUAACCAAAUUGAAGAGAUUGAACGGCAUCUUGCUUACCUUAAAUGGAUUUCACAAAUUGAAGAACUAAGUGAUAACAUUCAGCAAUAUCUGAUGACCAAUAAUGUCCCAGAGGCAGCCUCUACUCUGGUGUCCAUGGCAGAACUUGACAUCAAGCUUCAGGAAUCUUCCUGUACUCAUCUUCUUGGUUUCAUGAGAGCCACCGUUAAAUUCUGGCAUAAAAUUCUCAAGGACAAGCUUACAAGUGAUUUUGAGGAAAUUUUAGCACAGCUUCACUGGCCAUUCAUCACACCCCCUCAGUCUCAAACUGUUGGCAUCAGUCGACCAGCCAGUGCCCCUGAGAUAUACAGUAACCUGGAGACACUAUUCUGUCAGCUUCUGAAACUGCAAACCUCAGAUGAAUUAUUUACUGAGCCAAAACAGCUUCCAGAAAAAUACUCUCUUCCUGCGUCCCCUUCUGUCAUCCUGCCCAUCCAGAUUAUGCUGACUCCCCUUCAGAAGAGGUUCAGGUAUCACUUCAGAGGGAACCGGCAGACUAACGUUAUAAGCAAGCCUGAAUGGUACUUGGCUCAGGUUCUUCUGUGGAUCGGGAACCACACUCAGUUUCUGGAUGAGAAGAUUCAGCCAAUAUUGGACAAAGUGGGCUCUUUGGUAAAUGCAAGGCUUGAAUUUUCUCGGGGCCUUAUGAUGCUGAUUCUUGAGAAGUUAGCUGCUGAUAUUCCUUGUCUGCUCUAUGACGACAGUCUCUUCUGUCAUUUGGUGGAUGAGGUGCUUUUGUUUGAAAGAGAACUACACAGCGUUCAUGGCUAUCCUAGCACUUUUGCUAAUUGUAUGCAUAUUCUAUCAGAGGAGACCUGUUUUCAGAGAUGGUUGACUGUGGAGAGAAAAUUUGCUCUUCAAAAAAUGGACUCAAUGCUCUCAUCAGAAGCUGCCUGGAUAUCCCAAUAUAAGGACAUCACUGAUGUGGAUGAGAUGAAAGUCCCAGACUGUGCAGAAACGUUUAUGACACUACUCUUGGUUAUAACUGACAGGUAUAAAAAUCUUCCCACAGCUUCCAGAAAGUUGCAGUUCCUGGAGUUACAGAAGGACUUAGUAGAUGAUUUUAGGAUACGAUUAACUCAGGUGAUGAAAGAAGAGACUAGAGCUUCCCUUGGCUUUCGGUACUGUGCAAUUCUUAAUGCCGUGAACUAUAUCUCAACAGUGCUAGCAGACUGGGCUGACAAUGUUUUCUUCUUACAACUUCAACAAGCAGCAUUGGAAGUCUUUGCAGAGAAUAACACUUUAAGUAAACUGCAGCUAGGACAGCUAGCCUCUAUGGAAAGCUCUGUCUUCGAUGACAUGAUUAACCUGUUAGAGCGUUUAAAGCAUGACAUGCUGACCCGGCAAGUAGACCAUGUUUUUAGAGAAGUUAAAGAUGCUGCAAAACUGUAUAAAAAAGAGAGGUGGUUAUCCUUGCCAUCGCAGUCUGAACAGGCGGUGAUGUCUCUGUCCAGUUCAGCUUGCCCCUUACUGCUUACUUUACGAGACCGUUUACUUCAAUUAGAGCAGCAGCUUUGCUUCUCCCUAUUUAAAGUUUUCUGGCAAAUGCUUGUAGAGAAGCUGGACAUAUACAUCUACCAAGAAAUAAUUCUUGCCAAUCACUUCAAUGAAGGAGGAGCUGCUCAGCUGCACUUUGACAUGACUCGGAAUCUUUUCCCUUUGUUUUCUCACUAUUGCAAGAGGCCAGAAAAUUAUUUUAAACAUGUAAAAGAAGCCUGCAUUCUUUUGAAUUUGAAUGUUGGUUCUGCCUUACUUCUGAGAGAUGUCCUACAGUCAGCUUCAGGGCAACCUCCUGCCACAGCGGCACUAAAUGAAGUUGGGAUUUAUAAACUGGCUCAGCAAGAUGUUGAGAUUCUACUUAAUUUGAGGACAAACUGGCCUAACACUGGAAAAUAAAGGGUCUUUUUUUGUUUGGGAUUUUUGGUUUUUGUUGUUUUAACAAAAAGGAAGCCAGUUGGAUUUCAAGUUAUAUGCUGAAGUUCUGAAUUAAUGAGACUGGACAACUGAAAACUUUAUAGAAUCAUUUAUUAUCUGGGACUUAGAGUGUUAUUAAAAUGCUGACCAUAUUUCCUGAGUCCUCUUGUUCCUAAGAAAACAAAAACAAAAAGCUCAGAGGCUACGAAAACUCAGAGUAAUUCCAUUUACAAAUAUACACAGUGAAUAUGUCUGUUGAAUAAAAUACAGGAGCAGAGAUAAUAAAUUACAGUCAACUUUUAAUUUCUUUUGCCAGUUAGAGAAGACUGUUGCAGGUAAUCUAACAUAACAUCAUUUUUUUAAAAAAAAUCACUUCAAAAUGUAUGAAGUUACUGUAUCUAGUUUGGAAAUUCACUGUUUCCCAUAAGAAAACACAAGAGAUGGUGACUGAAAUAGA